UGCUCUUUCUGAUCACAUGUUGCUCAACAGCCCUCCCUCCGGAGCUGCUGUGUGCGGACAGACCUCCCACUCCCUCCCCCAAACCCUGCGCCAGCUCUGGGACCGUGUGGGGAAAGUCCACCGGUCGGACCCGGAGACGGUGCACCAUGUCGGCCAGAGGCAGAGCGGGUCAGACCCACGUCCAAGACUCGUCGGACUCGGACUCAGAGCUGGACGGGGUCCCGGCGCCUCGGCCGUCCGGGUCCGGCUUCGGUUCCGGGCCGUGCGUCGGGUCCCUCCCCCGGAUCCAGGUGAUCCACAGCGGACACUUCAUGGUUUCGUCCCCGCACAGCGACGCGUCUCCGCGGCGGAGGAGAAGGAGCGACUUCGACACAGUGAACCGGACCGGGUGUCAGACGUAUCGGUUCGGACCCCGGAGCUCCAGCCUCAGCAUCGACCCGACCCUCACCCGCCUGUUCGAGUGCAUGUCCCUGGCCUACAGUGGGAAGAUCGUGUCUCCAAAGUGGAAGUCCUUUAAAGGUCUACGGCUGCUGUGGAGGGACAAAAUCCGUCUGAACAACGCCAUCUGGAGAGCCUGGUUCAUCCAAUAUGUGGAGAAGAGGAAGAACCCAGUUUGUGGAUUUGUGAGUCCGUUAGAGGGAUCAGAGGCUGACGCACAUCGAAAACCUGAAGCCAUCGUUCUGGAAGGCAGCUACUGGAAACGGAGGAUCGAGGUAGUGAUUAAAGAGUAUCACAAGUGGAGGAUUUACUACAAGAAGAGGCUUCAGAAGAAGAAGGAUGACAUUCUAUCGAUGCUCCAGGAGGGUCAGAUCUGCCAGGCCAAGCUGGACAAAUGGACCAAUCAGAAGCUCCAGGAGCCUGAAGCGGCGCCGGUGGAGGUCCACAUGUUCGACCUGGACUGUCUCCUGUCUGACAUCUCCGACACCCUGUUCACCAUGACGCAGAAACCGUGUCCGUGGACCAACGACCGACACAACACAUACACCAGUAACGCAGACAUCAUCCAACCCGGUCUGACUCCACUGCAGCCCAAUCUGGAGGAUUUCAUGGAAAUCCCAGAUAUCUUCAUGACCUACCGCAGUCCGUCCUCUGACCACACCCCCUUCUCCGACUGUGGAUACUUCGAGGGCUCGUCCAACGCUGCAUUUGUGCCGGUUCCUUCCCCGGUGGUGACAACCCCCCAGCUGCUCAUCAACACCCACAUGGCUCAGCCCGGUUUGUCAUCGGACAGUUUGUCUCAGCCGUCGUCAUCCAGUUCUCAGCCGGACCAGGUCCAGACCAGGUCCGAGUACCCCCCAGGGCCAAUGCCCUGCGUCCACCAGUCGUACCCAGACACCCCUGUUUCCAUGGCAUUCAGUGGCGGCGUGGAUCAGCCGGGCGCCGCCCCCUUCCUGUAUCCGCUGCCCUGCCAUAAGUUCGGCUACUACUCCCCAACCGGCGUGACCUCCACCGUCAUCACCCACACCGCCUCCUCCCUGGGGGCCCCAGCGUAUCCCUCCCACCCCAUGGACGCCUUCACCCCGCCGCCCUACCCUCCAGCCGCUGUGUCCGACCCGGUUCACGCCCCACCCCACCCUGUCGGCGCCAGCCACUGCUUCACUGUACCCGAACAGGUGGCAGCCACCGGGGGGGGAGGGGUCAGGGGGAAAUACAAGCAGAAGACAGGAGGGGUGAGCGCCGUGGCCCCGCCCACCAGCUGCCUCGCCAAACUGCUGUCCUCCGGCACCCGCGAACGGAAACCGUCACUGGGGUUCGACGCAGCGUUGGUCACAACCAAAGGUCAAAGGUCAUUGUCUCCCGGGUCAGCGUCCAGCGGGGCCGUUCAUCCUUCGACGACGACGCAUCACAGAGCCUCGUGGCCUUCAGGGAUCCCGGUGUUAACGCCGCUGCAGGGCCAGAGCGCCGUCCUGACCCACGGCCCCACCUCCACAGGCACCACGGUGUCUGCCCUCCUCAACCACAGCUCCGCCCAUGGCUCCACCCACACCAGCACCGCCCUCCUCAUCCCCAAAACAGAGAAACUAUCCCCGGUCCAACUGUACAGCAGCGAAAGGAGUGGUUUAACAGUUAAUUUUUCUGCACAUCCAGGCCAAACGUCCCCACCCAACCUUUUGGACAAAACCUCCAACCCAGAGUCUCCACACUCAGGGUUCUCAGCACACGCAAAACUGGAAUCAACUAAGCAAACAGAGACCAGACGGAUAACCCACAUCUCAGCGGAGCAGAAACGCCGCUUCAACAUCAGACUGGGAUUUGACACUUUACAUAACCUGGUGACAACACUCAGCUCUCAGCCCAGCAUCAAGAUCAGUAAAGCCACCACCCUGCAGAAGACGGCCGAGUACAUCAGUAAGAUGCAACAGGACAGAUCUCAGCUCCAUGAGGAGGCGCAGAGGCUCCGAGAGGAAAUCCAACUGCUCAACUCAGCCAUUAAUGUUUGUCAGCAGCAGCUUCCGGCCACCGGCAUUCCCAUCACACGACAACGCUUCGACCACAUGAGGCAGAAGUUCCGAGAGUACGUCCAGGCCCAGACGCUGCAGAACUGGAAGUUCUGGAUCUUCAGCAUAAUCAUCGAGCCCCUGUUCGAGUCGUACAACGGGAUGGUGUCGACAGCCAGUGUGGAGGACCUGUGUCGCUCCACCCUGUCGUGGUUGGACCAGCACUGCUCGCUGCCCGCCCUGAGGCCCAUGGUCCUGAGCUCACUCCGCCUCCUCAGCACCACCACCACCAUCCUGACCGACCCUGCUCUCCUGCCCGAACAGGCCGCCCUCGCUGUCACCCAGGGCAACGCAGCGUCCGCCCUGGACCACUCCUUACAACCACCAACUCAGGAAAACAUCCACCCAAUGUGAAGCUCCGUCACAGAGACU